UAGGGAAAUGAAUCGUCUGCUACAAGUUCUGAUAAAAUUUUUUUUUUUUCGUGCAGAGUUGUCAUACCAAAAUUUUGCGGCUUUUGAUUAUAGCAUUUCAAAAUAAGUACAUAAAAUAAUAGACCAAUGUUGUCAAAAUUUUAGUGCGCAUAUACACUUACAAUAUUGGGAAUUCGUUACCUUCACCCUUCUUUUCUAUUUUAAUAAGCUGGUGGUAAAAAAAUGAUUAUAAAAAAUUGCUCUGCAUCACUUUAUUCAUUGCCUAGCAGGUUAAAUAUUAUUUUUAAAAACAGAGGAGUGUCAAGUAGCCGUUCACAUCAAACACCCGUAAAAUUAGCAUAUGCUUCAUACGAAUCAACAAAAGAGGUUUCAGACGGUUCUCCAAAAUCUCCUAUUUUAAUACAUCAUGGACUGUUUGGUUCCAAGAGUAAUUGGAAUAGUUUGUCAAAAACAAUACACCAAAAAACAAAGAGAAAAGUUAUUACAAUAGAUGCUAGGAACCAUGGAGAUUCACCCCAUACUCCUCAAAUGUCUUAUUAUCACAUGACUGAAGACGUGAAACUGCUUUUGAAAGAUUUGAACAUAAAAAAAGUCAUACUGAUGGGCCACAGCAUGGGCGGAGGAACCGUUAUGUAUACUGCACUAAGUUAUCCGGAUUUAAUUGACAAGCUCAUUGUUGUUGAUUUUUGUCCAACAAAAACUAGCCCUAGUCUUCUGUUGAUGACCAAGUUGUUUGAAGCUAUGCGUUCAGUAUCUCUUGAUGGUUCACCUACAUUGUCAAAAGCCAGAAAAUUAGCAGAUGAACAGUUGUCUGUAUCAAUAAAGUCCAAUCCCGUACGACAAUUUUUAUUAACAAAUCUUAUUGAAGCAGAGCCAGGAAAGUAUAAAUGGCGUAUAAAUCUUCCAGUCUUAGAAGAAAAUUUUUCAACGAGAAUUGCAGUUUUCCAAAAUGAAAAAGAUAGAACUUUUAAUGGUCCAACACUUUUUGUUGGUGGAUCCAAAAGCGACUACAUCACCGAAAAUGAUCAUCCGCACGUUAAAAAACUGUUUCCAUCGGCAAAAUUUCAUUAUAUAGCUGAUGCAGGGCAUUGGAUACAUUCAGAUAAACCAACGGAAUUUAUUGAUUGCGUGACUACUUUUAUUAAUGAAAACCAUUAA